GGGGAAUCGUCGUCAUUUUGAGGACGCCCGCACUGCCAGUUUUCGCAGCGACGCAACGCCACGGCCACGCAAAAUACUCCGUUGCACCAGUGAUUGAGUUCUGUGACGACGCAGCGAUCGAUUCGCACAAAUUGGGGAGUGCACCAGCUGUCAGCCAGCCUGCACUCCACCAACCCUCGACGAAACGACGCCGACGCGUGCGCGUAGGAAUCACAGUAGCGAAGCAAGAUGUACCGCUCCCUCCUCUGGACCGCCGACCGCACGACCAAAGCGUUUGUAGGCGUCACCGCAGUAGCGUUCGGCCAGGCCGCGCACCACGCGAACACGUACGUGCCGCUGCCGGAGCUCCACGCGACCGACGCGGGGCGCGUGCUGCCCCAGAAGCUUAGAGAGAGACGCGAAAAAGCCUCAGCAGCUCUACGGGCGCACGCCGAGAGAUUUAGAAGGACUGCGACGGAGCUCUUGGACACCCUAAAGCCGCGACCGAAGCGCGUGCUGUUCGUCGGCGAUUCCCUGGUGUCCGGUGUGGGCGGCUCCUCAACAGAAGCUGUGAGGGGCCCGCCGCUCGCGAGGCGCGUCAGUAGACUACUGGCGGACGCGUACGGCGUCGAGGUCGAGUGGCGAUCAUUAGGAGAGACGGGCUCCGACGUCAGCGUAAUAAGACGCAACCUCCUGCCCCGGAUCGAUCAAGAUUAUGAUGUUGUUGUUAUUAUGGUCGGUCUCAACGAUUUCAAACAACUCGCGCGGGGCGAGUUCUGGCGGACGCCCUGGGCCUUCGGGCGGGAUCUGGAGGACUUGGUGGACGAGGUCAAAGCGAAGACGAACAAUGCCAGGGUUGUGCUGCCGGCGUAUCCCGUCGCCGUGGCGGGCAUCGCGGAGCCGCUGAAAUCGUAUGUGGGUGUCGUGGCGUCGGCCUGGGACGCCCAGAAGAAAUCUCUCGCGGAGCAAGGUAGGGCGACGUACGUCGACGUCUUCCAAACGGACGACGACGCGGGCUACACGGCGUCGGAUAGCAUCCACCCGAACGAGCGGGGCUACGAGCUCUGGGCGUCGCACAUCGUGAGCGCGAUCGCGGCGGAGGCGUAGUCUGUUUGUGGAUAUGUGUGAAGUAAGAUUAAUAACAUUAGUGACA